AAAUUACGCGCCCUAAGAUGCGGGUUCGAAAAUAUUAUGGAGGGGUGGGCAUCCGCUAUAGGGUUGACUGACCAAGAACUUCUGCCAUAUGAAGAUAUCUCGGACUUACUCAAUAUUCGCAAACUGAAGAGCAGCAUUGAAAAUUUUUGCGAUAAUCCGUUCGCCGUAAUGAUCAGCUACUAUCUUAACCUUCUAAACACUUCAGGUAGACGCGAUGAGAAUCUGUACUUGGCCAUUCCUCCGAGGUUGGAAUUCGACCGAGUCUGCACUAUCAAGCUUACACCUCAGAAGGAAGGCAGUCGAACAGCUUUUCAAAUCCUAGCUGUCCCCAGAGCAGUGCAGCUUGGCGACGUUAUUGUCUCUGUCACGAGUUAUAUCUCGCCAAGAACCACUUUGCUGGCCCUUCGGCCUUUCAAAGCACAGGAAAACGACGUCAGAAAUCUACCACCUACCUACCAAGUCGUUGGCACCUUCCGUAUAGACAGAGGUUUAAAAUCCGCUCAUCAUGUCAUUCUUUCAGAUAGAAUUGCCUUGGUAUAGAGACGAAGGAUUCCGCAUAGCGGACUGCGGAGCAGCACGUUGCGACCAUCUGAAUGUGCCACCGGGCUCAAGGGCAAGAGGCUAGGGGCGAAGAGUGAUCGCAGAGGGGUUUUAAAUCUUGGAUACGGAUUCCUCAUCUCACAAUGAUACAAACGUUGUGUCACGGAGUCUUGGUUCCGGGCGCCUAUGCACAUUUCCACCAUCUUGGUACCUAUAUGUGACAUGUGGCAUGAUUCCACAACUUGGAAGUGUGUUGGAGCUUAUGUCUUCAGCCUGAAGCACACAUUAGUAUCAAUCUUGAGAGAGCCAAAUAUGCUUAUCUUGACUCAUCUUGACCCCGGGCCCGAGAGGUGUGGUCGUUGCAGUUCGCACCAAUGACAGCGGCUUCGCUUAGCGAGGUUCGGGCUUUACCACAACCCGAAGAAGGGGGUUUAAGCUUAAUACGACGACUUUAUGUCAUGUCGUCAUGGUCCCUUAAAUCAUCCCGAUGCUCGUGCCAGGCUUCGGGAUUUGCUGCAACCCGAAAUAGAGACAAAGACAGAUUUCUAUUGCGUUUAACUAUGCGGCAGCAUGAACGAGCUAUCGAUAUAAACGAGGCUUGGUUCCCUCGCAUCGCCAAGAGGAGUCGGUCAAUCCACAACACAAUAUCAACAAUCACAAAAUGAUCUCCAAAACACCCUCCAUGUCAAAACUCAAGGUCCUCAUCUCAGGCUCGGGAAUUGCAGGCAGUGUCUUCGCAUCCUGUCUGCUGCGAGCCUAUCCCAACGCCAACAUCACGAUAGUGGAACGUGAUCCUACUCUUAGACUCACAGGCGCCAGCGUUGACAUUCGUAGUUCCGCAGUCGAUAUCAUCAAAUGGAUGGGUGUAGAAGGAGAGAUUCGGAAGAAGACCACGAAAGAAGAGGGUAUGCAGCUUCUUCAGGAAAAUGGCAAGGAGAUCGCAACUUUCAAAGCAACAGGAAGGACAGACGUCCAGAGUAUAACCUCGGAGUACGAGAUAUUUCGUGGAGAGCUUGCCAAAAUAUUCAUCGACCCAGUCAUCGACCAGGUCAAAGUUAUUUUUGGCGAAACUGUGGAAAGUUUUGAAGAGCAGGACGAUGGAGUGGUCGUAACCUUGGCAAAGAGCAAGACGGUAGAGAAGUACGACCUGCUUGUGGCUGCGGAUGGUCUCAGGUCCAAAAUUCGUGGCAAGCUACUCAACGCCAAUCCCGCGGACCAGCUCCAUGAUGAAGGUCUUCACGUGGCAUAUUUCACUAUCAAAGGCGAUUUGUUGAAUGAGUCUCUACUAGCAAAAGGAGUCAGCGCAACAGGAGGACGCUCGGUAAAUCUCCGCCCGGAUCCACAUCCCGAAGGACGCACCAGAGCCAUGUUUAUGAAUGUGACGUGGAACUCCAAUGUCGAGAUGAAGGCGAGACUCAACAAGGCUCUGAAGGAAGGAAAUGAGUCGUACAUGACGCUCAUGGAGGAGCUGUACUCGGACAUGGGCUGGUUGACUCCGGAAGUCCUGCGAGGUAUGCGCGACAGCGACGACUUUUACUGCAGCUUGUUCGCUCAGACACGAUCUCCCAUCCUGCACGACCGCCAUGUCGUUCUCCUCGGCGAUGCAGGAUAUGCAACGCCUGGCUUUGGUACCAGUCUUGCUAUCAUAGGAGGAUACGUUCUUGCCGGUGAACUUCUGAGAAGUGAUGGGGACGUCAAGCAGGCAUUGGAGGGUUAUUCGGGGCUGAUGCUGCCUUUUGUGAAGGGGUCGCAAGGCAAUGAUAUUGCGAUGCAAUUAUUCCAGCCGCAGUCGUGGUGGGGCAUUUGGAUCAGGAAUUCGCUCUUGCGGUUUGUGACGACGCUGAGGCUGGAUAAGCUGGCGAUGAAUGCGUCAGCAAUGCUGGGAUUCACAGAAAAGAAAGCGCCUCUGCCAGAUUAUCCUUGGCCAGUGAAAUGAGGGCAGGCUAAUUUAGAAUGGGCAUGCUUGAUACUUAAAUCUCAACUUAUGAUGCGGCAAUUAGUAAACAGUAGAAUAAUAAUGAUGAUG